GUAAUUAUAAUUCAGAGGGAGGGUAUCUGUACAAGCAGAAGUCGCUUCCGCUCUUCUUCUUCAGAUGAAAGUAAUCUGGAAAUGAAAGAGAGAAAAACUACUACUACCCUCAAGCGCAUCUUGGUAAAUUGUGCUUCUCAGGCCAAAGAAUAUGGGAGCUGCAUUGCAGGAAAGGUUCCAGAGAUUGAACGCGACAUGUGUUUGAAGGAGUUUCUUGCCCUAAAAGCAUGCAUGCAGAACACUGUAAGAAGCAGGGCUUGAGGUUUGCUAUCAGAAUAUUUAUCAGACCUUGCCAACUUCUGUUAAAGCUUGGAGAUGAGAAAGUCAAUAGAAUGCAAAAUACGAUUUCAGAGUUCACAAGAGUUUUAGAUUGCUCAAAAGUACAUAUGUAUCAAAUUCUUCAAGUAUAGUUAUCAUUCGGGCUCAAAGUAGAAAAAGUUAGAACAUGUUUGGAAAAGUAUCAGGUGAUCAACCUAGGGUUGGUUUAAAUGGAUCUGGUGCUCUAUCACAUGUUUAUAUCCAGCAUCCACCCCUAAGAUGCAGCAUUCCUGGAGCAAGCGGUCUGUACCAUGAUGAUGGGAAUAAGUUACUGCUCUCUCCAACAUCCAGUGAGGUUUUUAAAUGGAGAACUGGUCCAUCAGCUUCACUGGAUGACACUCCUACUUCUGAUUCGAUUAGUGAAGGGCCUGUUUUGUCCAUUCGGUAUUCUCUAGAUGGGAAGGUUAUAGGCAUUCAACGGUCAAAUCAUGAUAUUGAGUUCAGGAAUAGAGAAACAGGGGAAACUUUUAGCCAAAGGUGCAGGUCAGAGUCUGAGAGCAUACUGGGAUUUUUCUGGACCGACUGCCCAACAUGUGAUGUUGUGUUUGUAAAGACUAGCGGGCUGGACUUGUUUUCCUUUGAACCUGAGUUGAAGACACUCUGCUUGGUGGAGACAAAGCGACUCAAUGUCUGCUGGUAUGUUUACACACAUGAAAGUAGGAUGGUUCUUCUUGCUUCUGGAAUGCAAUGCAAAAUUUUCGCUGGAUUUCAGUUUUCAUCUGGAGGAAUCAUUCGAUUGCCAAGGUUUGAGAUGGAGAUGUCUAAAGCUGAAGCAAACAAGAAACCUGUAUUAGCAGCAGAAGAUGUACACAUUGUUACAAUCUAUGGAAGGAUAUACUGCUUACAAGUUGAUAGGGUUGGAAUGCUAGCCAACUUCUAUAGGUUUUACCGUGAUGCUGUUGUGCUGCAGGGUUCUUUGCCGAUUUAUUCCACUAAGAUAGCAGUCAGCGUCGUGGAUAACGUGCUUCUUGUUCACCAAGUGGAUGCAAAAGUCAUUAUACUCUAUGACAUGUUUACAAAUUCCCUUGCGCCAAUAUCCGCUCCACUCCCUCUCUUAUUGAGGGGUUUGUCAAGGACAAACACUUCUUCCUCUCAAGGCACUAGCAUCCAGACCAUCAAUGUGGAGGCAAUUGGAACUAAUGCUCAUGAAGGAAUUAUGUAUGGAGAUGGAUGGACUUUUCUCAAUCCUGACCUCAUAUGCGAUACUGCUCAUGGCAUAUUGUGGAGGAUUCAUUUGGACUUGGAGGCUAUUGCAGCGAGUAGCUCAGAAGUGCCGUCUGUUCUAGAAUUUUUGCAGCGGCGAAGGUUUCAAUCAUAUAAGGCAAAGCAAUUGUGCUUGGCGAUAAUGCGUACUGUGAUUCUGGAAAGAAGACCCGUGGCCAUGAUUACUAGGGCAAUAGAUGUAUUGGUUGCUUCUUACUCUUACUUGAUGAAAACAGAAAAUUCUCUUCAGGGAGGUACUGGAAGUACUUGUUCUGGCAAUCCGGUUUCCACUGGAGUUGAGAAGACUCAUGCUUCUAGCAUCCAUCAUGCAGAUGUCUCUCAGGCAGUGGCAGAUGAAGCUAUCAACAGAGUAGAUGUGCAUAGAAAAUCGACAAGACAAGAGUCUACUAGUGGAGUGGAGAAUAACCCUCUCAAUCUUGACUCAAUUUCUGACUCCAAGGAGAACACAAACCUCGAACAACUGGCAUCCCAUUCAGGAAAAUCUCUUGAAAAUUCCCCUUCUGGUGAUCUUUAUGGUUCCGGUACCCAAGAGGUGAAAAAGAAUCGCGCUGGUGCUGAAACUUCAAAGGCGAAUAUUGAGCAGUCACCUUUACAGUCUGAAGUUCUUGAAGCUAGUAGCAACACAUUGGAUCCGAAUGCUUCUGAUCAGCAAGGAUCUCAGGUUGCUUGUGUAGCAAUUUCACCAGAUGAAAUGUAUAGCUCUGUAUUUGCACUCGUCGAGGAAGAGAUUGCUGGAGACACCACUUAUUUGGUUGCUGUUAUCAUUGAGUACUUCCGGAGUGCUGCUUCAGAAAAACUCAAAGUUCAUCCUAAUCUGUAUGUGAUGACCAUACAACUACUAGCUCGCAACGAACGCUAUGCGGAACUUGGGCUUUUCAUCAUAAAUAAGAUUCUAGAGCCCUCAAGAGAAGUUGCUUUACAGCUUUUAGAGUCAGGUCGGCAAAAUUUCCAAACAAGGAAGUUAGGUUUGGAUAUGCUAAGGCAGCUUUCAUUGCAUCAUGAUUACGUGUUGAUGCUAGUGCAAGACGGAUACUAUCUCGAAGCUUUGCGGUAUGCACGGAAGCAUAAGGUCAAUACUGUCCGGCCAUCGUUGUUUCUUGAAGCAGCAUUCGCUGCCAAUGAUUCGCAACAUUUAGCUGCAGUUUUGAGGUUCUUUGCAGAUUUUAUUCCUGGCUUCAAAAAUACAUCGGACCAUAGUACAUACUGCCGUGUUCUCGAUGAGAUGAGUUGAUGUAUUUCUCGAUAGAGGUACGUCAGGACACUACUUCAUGUGAAAUGUGAAUUCUUUGAAAUCCGAUGUUCUGUUUUCUUUUCCCUUUCUUCGUAGAUACGGAAAGAAAAUGAAACUAAUUUUAGCAGUGUAUUCAACUAGCGAGUAAUAAUUCAGAGGAAUAGUGAAGUACUAAUAUUUGCA